UUUAUGAAGUUAUGACGCUUAUUGUAAACAUUAUUAUUGUCUGCCGAUAUUGAUAAACAAUACAUGUGUAAUGUUAUAGAAAGUGUACUGACAGAUGCAAGUUAGAGGCUAUUAAAGACACACAAACACAAUGCCAGCAGGUUGCGAUAAGGAUGUUGAUGUGGCAGACAUAGAGGACAUGAUCUCUAAAGACACAUCAGUAGAUGAUAUCAGACAUCAGCCUCGCAAACAUGUCACAGCACGGGCAAAGAAGCUCAUCUCAAGCCCGAAAAGCAGAGAACAAGUUCAUGGCGAUAGUCAUAUUCCAGGUACCCAGAAGAUAUAUGUGAAGACCUGGGGAUGUUCUCAUAAUAACUCAGACAGUGAAUACAUGGCAGGACAGCUGGCUGCCUAUGGCUACCAAAUAGUUGAUAACAAAGAGACAGCAGAUCUCUGGCUGCUCAACAGCUGUACAGUGAAGAACCCAGCAGAGGACCACUUCAGGAAUGAGAUAACAAAAGCACGCGAGCUUGAAAAAAAGAUGGUGGUUGCUGGAUGUGUGCCCCAGGGUCAGCCUAGAGUAGACUUUUUAAAGGGUUUAAGCAUAAUAGGCGUUCAACAAAUAGAUAGAGUAACAGAGGUUGUAGAAGAAACUCUGAAAGGUAACUCAGUCAGAUUGUUGGGACAGAAGAAGGAGUCUGGGAAGAAAACAGGGGGCGCUCCACUUAGUCUGCCUAAGAUCAGGAAGAACCCACUUAUCGAGAUCAUCGCUAUUAAUACAGGCUGCUUAAACCAGUGUACCUACUGUAAGACAAAGCAUGCCAGAGGAGAACUGGGCAGUUACAAACCAGAAGAGAUUGUAGCUAGGGCUAAACAGUCAUUUGAAGAGGGUGUGGUUGAAAUAUGGCUGACCUCUGAAGACCUUGGAGCAUAUGGUCACGACAUUGGUGUAACCUUACCACAAUUACUGUGGCAACUAGUGGAGGUCAUACCUGAAGGUGCCAGAAUGAGGCUUGGAAUGACCAACCCACCAUAUAUACUAGAGCAUCUUGAGGAGAUUGCCAAAGUGUUGAGUCACCCACGUGUUUAUGCCUUUCUCCAUGUACCAGUCCAAUCUGCCUCUGACAGUGUCCUGAUGGACAUGCGGCGCGAGUAUUGCCAAGCUGACUUUCGACAAGUGGCAGAUUUUCUCAAAGCCAAUGUGCCAGGUGUUACUAUAGCAACAGAUCUGAUCUGUGGAUUUCCUACAGAGACAGAAGAAGAUUUUAAAGAAACUAUGCAGCUGGUGGAAGAUUACAGGUUUCCCAGUUUGUUUAUCAACCAAUUUUUUCCACGACCAGGAACCCCAGCAGCUAAAAUGCCAAGAAUUCCUCCUCCUCAGGUAAAGAAGAGGACAAAGGCAGUAUCAGAGUUGUUUCACUCAUAUAGAACAUAUGAUCAUAAGAUGGGAGAAAUCCAGGACGUGUUAGUGACAGAAAUCUCACAUGACAAACAGUAUUAUGUUGGUCACAAUAGAUUUUAUGAUCAGGUAUUAGUUCCACAGGAUGAGGACUUUAUGGGAAAAUUAGUUCGUGUGGAAAUUGUGGAGACAGGGAAACACUUUAUGAAAGGAAAAGUGGCAUCUAAAAAGGAGAUAACUCAACCGUCUGUUCCACCUCCAUUAAAGAAGGGACAGAUUUCUGGUGUCAGUAGUACACUACAGGUGAAUGAAGGAUCAGACUGGGUGAAACAGACAUUGAAAUUUCUUUCUUUGGCGUGUUUAGUGUUUGCCAUUGUGUGGAGGCUACAGAGUAUAGUUCUCAGUGCUACAUGAUGUAGAUAUUUUAUUUAGAAACAAACCAAUUCCUUUGUGUGUCAGAACUAAUUAAUGCUGUCACUUGUGUUUAUCAAUAGCGAAUGACAUGUAUGAUAAAGUUGGUUGAAAACGACUUCUUGAAUUACAUUUUAACAUCUUUUUAGGCAGCUUAGACGAUAUCAAUUGUCAUUUCUUUAUGAGCCUGGCCAGAAGAGCCAACUGAGUUUUUGCCAUAGUACAGGAUUGUUGAUUGCCUGAUUCUCUGACCCAUUUACUUAAGAACCAUUUAAUGCAGGCUUAUGAUAUUAGUAGGGUUCUAGUAUGAAGUCUAACAAGGUUGAGAGCUUUCAUUUAACCCAAAUACUUGAGAGUUAGGAUGAGGAAGUGUUUUAAAAAUCAGACUUUUAGGGAUAGUUUUGCAAUCUAUCUUUUCAAAAUUUGAAAGCUGAAAUCAAUUACAUUAGUAACAUUUAGCCUCGAAUGUAAGUCAUUGAUC